CAUACUUCCCAAAGACCAACGACAUCUCUCCCGCGCAAUUGCGCCUCCUUCCACUGAGUAAUACCUAUUGGGAUUGGUGACUGGGCAACUAGUCGACAGACUCACCAACAUGAAUCAAGAAGACUACAACAUACUGAGAGACGAGGCGAAUGCGGAUCCACGCCGAUACUCGCAAUGGGACGCCCAUGGCCAAUUUCGUGAAGAAGCAGCAGCUCGGCGUGAAAAGGCCGCACAUCAGCGAGAGCCUGAAGAGGCUCUCGCGCCCGUGGAUACCCGGAGCUCAGGCUCCAGUUCAAGUUCGAGCGCCUCCAGCGCGUCCCAGACGUUGGAGCAAAUACGUACUCAACCUCAAAGUGCUAUUGGCACCGCUGCCGCGAGUAUCAUAUCACGGCAUCCCACGGAACGUGAUCCUGAAGCUAUUCGACGCAUCGAGACGCAUCGCAGUCAACAACAGCACACUGUUGGAAAGGUGUUGACCGAAGGCGGCCGGAGCAUCACCCGUCGAUUUACAUCGAGAAAGGAGAAGCCUCUCCCGAAAAUGGGUGCGGAUAAACAGUAUCCACCUUUACUGCCAGAACAAGAGGACUAUGUUGUAGAGUAUGACGGACCGAAUGAUCCUCUGCAUGCACAGAAUUGGAAGAUGUCCCGAAAACUUUACAUUGGCGCAAUCUUGGCAUUUGAUGCUCUUGCUGCGACUAUGGGUAGCAGUAUAUUUUCUCCCGGUAUUGGCCAGGUAUCGAAACACUUCGGCGUCAUUAUGGAGGUCGGGACUCUAGGAACCUCACUGUUCGUUUUUGGAUACGCUUUUGGACCUCUCUGUUGGGCGCCAAUGUCGGAACUCUACGGCCGAAGACUCCCACUUGUGAUAGCAUCAUUUGGGUUUUCCGUUUUUUCCAUUGCAGUUGCGGUAGGAAAGGAUCUACAGACCGUCCUGAUAUGCCGUUUCUUCGCCGGUAUAUUCGGAUCAUGUCCGCUAGCUGUGGUCGCUGCCGUAUUUGCAGACAUGUUCGAUAACAGACUGCGAGGUCUUGCUGUUGCCGUCUUCUCUGCCACAGUUUUCAUGGGGCCGCUCCUCGCACCAUUUAUCGGCGGCUUUAUUACAGAGUCUUAUCUUGGAUGGAGAUGGACAGAAUACAUCUCUGCAAUCAUGGGCUUCACAGCCUUCGGCCUGAUUACGAUAUUCCUCCCGGAAACGUAUCCACCGGUUGUGCUAAUCAGUAAGGCGGAGGAGCUUCGCCGCCGCACCAAGAACUGGGGAAUUCACGCCAAACAAGAGGAAAUCGAAGUCGACUUCAAAGAGCUCAUUGUGAAGAACCUAUCGAGGCCUAUGCGGAUUCUCUUCACAGAGCCUAUUGUACUUCUAAUUACGCUGUAUAUGAGCUUCAUCUACGGGAUCCUAUAUUUGUUCCUAACAGCCUACGCACUUGUGUUCCAAGGCGUCUACGGCUGGACAUCUGGAAUCAGUGGUUUGGCAUAUUUUGGUAUGCUCACUGGUGAGAUCAUUGCAUUCAUCUACGUCGUCCUGGACAACCCUCGAUAUGCACGAAAGCUGGAGGCCAACAACAACAUCCCGGUUCCUGAAUGGCGUCUCCCAAUCUCGAUGGUCGGCGGUCUUCUUUUCGCUGCCGGAUUAUUUUGGUUCGGUUGGAGUGGCUAUACUGGAAACGUCCCAUGGAUUGUGCCAGUACUCUCGGGGAUCUUCACCGGCUUUGGAAUAUUCUCAAUCUUCCUUUCGCUACUCAACUACAUCGUCGACGCGUACCUCAUGUUCGCUGCGUCAGCUCUGGCAGCUAACACAUUCAUGAGAUCUCUCUUCGGUGGCAUAUUCCCGCUAUUCGCUACCUACAUGUUCAACGGCAUGGGUAUUGAGUGGGCAUCUACCUUGCUAGGAUGUGUCGCUCUUCUGCUGGUGCCAAUGCCGGUCCUAUUCUACCUUUAUGGCAAGAAGAUCCGCACGAAGAGCAAGUUCGCUCCUGCACCGGAUAUCGAUCAAGAUAGGAGGAGGGACGAGGAGAGCAGAGGAGCAGCUGAUCAAUCGAGUGACGAGACACCAACGAAGGAGAAGGAGGAAGACAAGGCCGUAUGAUCGGCACUGACGAGAACCUAAUGAUAAAUGUAUAAUUACGGGGACCCACAGGGACGAUUCUAAGGUUCUGAAUAUGAUUCAAUUAGCAGGCGUUCAAGAAUGUGGGGAAAGGCUAUACAUAGAAGAGCGCACAUAAUCUACCUCCUACAUACUCAAAAUGAAGCAAAAUGAUUUAAAUAUGC